AUGCACUCCUUCCUGUUGCUGAGAGCUGUCUGUAUUUUCCUGUUUUUUACAGUACCUCCCGUCCUCCCUCUUCAGGAAGUCCAUGUUAACCUGGAGACCGUUGGGAGGAUUUCGGCUGCCAGCAAAAUGAUGCAGUGCUCCGCUGCGCUGGACGUCCUCUUUCUGCUGGACGGCUCUCACAGCGUCGGGAAGAGGAGCUUUGAGAGGUCCAAGCACUUUGCCGGCUUGGUCUGUGACGCACUGGACGUCAGCCCCGAGCGGGUCAGAGUGGGAGCAAUCCAGUUCUCCUCCGCCCCUCAUCUGGAAUUCCCCUUGGACUGGUUUUCAACCCGACAGGAAGUGAAGGAGAAAAUCAAGCGGAUGGUUUUCAAGGGCGGGAGCACAGAGACGGGCCUAGCUUUGAAAUACCUGCUGCACAAAGGAUUCCCAGGAGGCAGGAGUGACUCUGUGCCUCAGAUCCUCAUCUUGGUCACAGAUGGACGGUCCCAAGGGCACGUGGCUCUGCCGGCCAAGCAGCUGAAGGAGAGGGGUGUGACUGUUUUUGCUGUGGGGGUCCGGUUUCCCAGGUGGGAGGAGCUGCAGGCGCUGGCCAGCGAGCCCAAGGAGCAGCACAUACUGUUCGCGGAGCAGGCGGAUGAUGCCACCAAUGGCCUUUUCAGCACCCUGGGCAGUGCCGCCGUCUGCACUGCCGCCCCGCCUGACUGCAGGAUGGAGCCGUACCCUUGUGAGCGCAAGAUGCUGGAGACCAUCACGGAGCAGGACCACAGUGCCCUCUGCUGGAGAGGAUCGCCACGCAUCAACGCCGUGCUGGCCUCACGCUGUCCCUUCUACAGCAGGAGGAGAGUGUUCCUAAGCCACCCUGCCACCUGCUACAGGACCACCUGCCCAGGUCCUUGUGACUCUGCACCCUGCCAGAAUGGAGGCACGUGUGUCACAGAAGGUCCCGACGAGUAUCACUGCAUCUGCCCGCUGGCCUUUGGAGGGGAGGCUAACUGUGCCCCGAAGCUGAGCCUCGAGUGCAGACUGGACAUCCUCUUCCUGCUGGACAGCUCUGCGGGCACCGGGCGGGAGGCCUUCCUGCGGGCCAGAGCUUUCGUGCGGCGGUUCGUGCAGACCGUACUGGACGAGGACUCAUGGGCCCGCGUCGGGGUGGCGCACUACAGCCGGGAGCUGGUGGUGGCGGUGCCCGUGGGGGAGUACGAGGACGUGGCCGGCCUGGUGGCGAGCCUCGACAGCAUCCCCUUCAGCGGCGGUGCCACACUGACGGGCAGCGCCCUGCGGCAGGCAGCCGAGCGCGGCUUUGGGGGCGCGGCCAGGACGGGCCAGGACCGGGCGCUCAGGGUGGUGGUGCUGCUCACCAGCGCGCAUGCCCAGGACCAGGUGGCCAGCCUGGCGCAGGCCCGGGAGCUGCAGGUGCUGGCCGUGGGCCCCGAGGCGGUGCGGGCAGAGCUGGAGGAGAUCACCGGGGGUCCCGAGCACGUGAUGGUCUACACGGACCCGCAGGGCCUCUUCCACCAGAUCCCGGAGCUGCGGAGGAAGCUGUGCAGCCAGCAGCGUCCAGGCUGCCAGACCCAGUCUCUGGACCUGGUCUUCAUGCUGGACACCUCCGCCUCCGUGGGGCUGCAGCACUUCGCUCAGAUGCAGAGCUUCGUGAGAAGCUGCGUCCUCCAGUUUGACGUGAACCCUGACGUGACGCAGGUGGGCCUGGUGGUGUACGGCAGCCGAGUCCAGACCGCCUUUGGCCUGGAGACGCAUCUCACCCAGGCUUCUGUGCUGCAGGCUGUGAGCCAGGCCCCCUACCUCGGUGGGGUGGGCUCAGCCGGGACAGCCUUGCUUCACAUCCAUGACAAGGUGAUGACCGUGCAGAGUGGGGCCCGGCCUGGGGUCCCCAAGGCCGUGGUGGUCCUCACCAGUGGGCGGGGUGCCGAGGAUGCAGCCGUCCCAGCCCAGAAGCUGAGGAACAACGGUGUCUCAGUGUUAGUCAUGGGUGUGGGGCCUGUGCUGCGAGAGUCGCUCCGGAGGCUGGCAGGCCCCCGGGAUGCCCUGAUCCACGUGGCAGCUUACGGAGACCUGCAGUACCACCAGGACACGCUCAUCGACUGGAUAUGCCGAGAAGCGAAGCAGCCUGUCAGCCUCUGCAGACCCAGCCCGUGCAUGAACGAGGGCUCCUGCGUCCUGCAGAGCGGGAGCUACCGCUGUGUGUGCCUGGAGGGCUGGGAGGGCCCCCACUGCGGAAACCGACUCUUACGAGGAGAUGCCCUCAGGACACGAGGUCCCCGCCAGGAGCCUGCAGUAUGGCGGCCGUCACAGCUCCCUUCGCGGCAGCCUGGACGCCCCUCGCACUGA